AUGCCUUCCCAGAAAAAAGGUGAAGAGACACAAACCACUGGCAGGUUCCUCUUUCUCUACCCACAGAUCUUGUACAUCAGAGUUUCCUGGCAUGACAGCACCGUUCCUCUGCCCCCACAGCCCCACCCACCCCGCAAGUCUUCUGGCUCUCUCCCCCAGGAGCUCUCGGACCUGACCCAUCUUCUGCACUGGCCUCCCACCCUGGGAGAUGGGGGGGACCUUUUGGCCUCCACCAGUCCCCAGACCUCCACCUACCACCUGAGGGGACCUCCCCAGGCCAGCUACACCCUGGGAGGCUACCUGGAGGCCAUUCUUGUCGCAAGAGACCACCGGGGCAGGCCCAAGACCCAUGGUGGGGAUCUGUUUCGGGCACAGCUCCUGGGUCCCUACCUGAAGGCAGGAGUCCCUGGAGAUAUCCAGGAUCUGGAGAAUGGCACCUACCUGUUGUCCUUCCCCCUGCUCUGGGCUGGACAGGCCCAGGUGCAAGUGCGGCUGAUCCACUCCAGCGAGGCAGUCAGAGUCCUGCGGAGAAUCUGGAGAGACCAGUGGGCCACGGUCGAUUUCACGGGCUAUUUCCGAGGACCCACAGGAUAUGAAGAAAUUGUGACUUGCAAUGUUAACCCCCUGCUAACUGGGGAGGAAGAAUCUACCUGUCACUACAGGGAUGAAGAUUCUGGUGAGCUUUGGUUCUGUGCUCGACCCCCCACCCUGCCCUGCGACUCACUGGUAGGGCAUUCAAGUGGACAUUAUUGGAAUGUGACCACACCACACGAGGAGGCCCUGCUGGCAUGGAAUGUGACAGACAAGGUCCUCCCUCAGGGUAUUUCUCCAAUCUGGGUGGCCAAGGAGAGCAACAAGAGUCUGGUUCUAUCCCCUCAACAACCAUGCCACCCUGGGAUCCCGGGCCCAAAGCCCUCUGGCUUCUACCACCGAGCUGUGUGGCACUCACUGUCCUGCUCUGGCCGCUCCUUCUCCACUGUUGACAGCAUCCUGGGCUGCCUGGCUGGCCACAUCAUCCACAUGAUGGGGGACUCCACGCUUCGGCAGUGGUGGGAGUACCUGCGUGACACCGUGCCCUCCCUGAAGCCUGUGGAUCUACACACCACAUAUCAGACGGGGCCCCUAAUGGCAGUGGAGACCACUCGGGGCAUCGUGUUGCACUGGCGGGCCCACAGCUGGCCCCUGCGCUCCCUGCGCACACCAGUGGCCUCCCUGCACUCUGUGGUCUGGGAGCUAGGGGGCCUGGCCGGGGGCCCCCACACAGUGGUGGUGCUGGGCCUGGGCUCCCACUUCACCACCUUUCCCCCAUCUGUCUUUGUGCAACGACUCGCGGGGAUCAGGGCAGCGGUGGCUGCGCUGCUGGCCCGGGAGCCCCGCACUCUCGUGGUCAUCAAGCUGGCCAACACUGGCUACAAGUCCGUGUAUGGCAGUGACUGGUUCACCCUCCAGGUGAACCGGCUUCUCCGAGCUGCCUUUGCUGACCUCCGUGUGGCCUUUGUGGACGCCUGGGAGAUGACCUCCAGUCUGGCCCUGCCCGACAGGAUCCACCCAGGGCGGCUUAUCGUCCGCAGUGAAGUCAACUUCUUCCUGUCCUCCAUUUGCCCCACUUGAGUGCUUCUGCAGGUCCUGAGCUGUCUGGAUGGAGAAGCUGAUGGGAUGAUCAAGGCUGGAAGCCCUUCCUUCAGCUGCCCUCACCUCUUCUCUUACUUUAUUAAUGCCCAGGCCAUAUAUCAACCAGCAAGAAUUGGGAAUGUGCGUCGUGGCAGGUGAGGGAAGCCUGGCAGUGGUCCAGCAACAUCUAUCACAUCCGUGCAUAUAAGGAUUGUCAUUUUAUGUGCCAGAGUCUCCAUUUAGAGUGUCAACGAGCCUUGCAAAAAUAUGAGAGGGAUUCUAUUUCAGUUCAACAGAGCCACCCUAGUGGGGAG